AUUGGAUCUCAGCUGAAAAUGAAACUGAAAAUGUUUCAAUGUUUGAACUUAAUUUUGUUUAUUAAUUUUCAUGUUGAUUAAUAUUUCUAAUUGUUAAUUGUUUUUGUUUUAGUCAUUUAGUCAAUUAGUUGGUUUGAUUGUUAAUGAAAUAGAAAUGUAUCAUCAUCAUCAUCACCGUAAAUCAUCAGAAAAGGAUCUAAGUCGACGUACCACUAGUAGUAGUGGAAGCAGUAGUAGUAGUAGUAGAAAGAAAAGAUCUAGUGAUAGAUCAGAUUCGGAACGAGUUAAGUCUAAAAGGCGCCAUAAAAGUGACCACAAGGAGGAACAUAAAAGCAAAGAUUAUGACAUUUCUUUAAAUGAUAUUGAUGAGAGUGAUGAAGAUCGUGAAAUUGAAAGGAUAAGACAACAGCGUAAGGAAAUAAUGAAGAAAUUCGGAGGAGCCCCAGAAAAAGAGGAGUCUCGUAGUGAAGAUGAUUCACAGUUUGCAGUUGAAAAGAUCAAAUCAACCGAAGAACCAAUGCCAGACACAGAUUUAGAGCCUCACAAUAAGAUGGUUAAAAAGCCAGUAUUAGAUAUGUUUGCCGAUGACGACGACAACAGUGAAGCCUUGGCCACUAAAGAUCCUUUACCGGAAAAACAAAAUUUCUAUCAAAUCUCUGCCGAUCAUGGUCACGAGAAUCCAUCUUUAAAUGAUAACUGGGAUGAUUCUGAAGGCUAUUAUCGUGUAAGAAUUGGUGAAAUUUUGGACAUGAGAUAUUCAGUUUUUGGUUACACUGGACAAGGGAUGUUUUCUAAUGUAGUUCGAGCCCGUGACAGUUUCAAGGGAUCACAAGAAGUGGCCAUUAAAAUAAUACGAAACAACGAGGUAAUGAAUAAAACAGGACUUAAAGAGUUAACAAUGUUGAAAAAAUUAAAUGACGCUGAUCCUGAUGAUAAAUUUCACUGUCUUCGACUUUAUCGCUCUUUUGAUCAUAAAUGUCACCUUUGCCUCGUUUUUGAACCUCUUUCAAUGAAUUUACGGGAAGUUUUGAAAAAAUAUGGUAAAGAUGUUGGACUUCACAUAAAAGCCGUUCGAUCGUACGCUCAGCAACUUCUUCUGGCCCUCAAAUUACUAAAAAAAUGUAACAUAUUACACGCAGAUAUCAAACCCGAUAAUAUUCUGGUAAACGAGAGUAAACUUGUCCUUAAACUUUGUGAUUUUGGUUCAUCAUCAUUGAUCUCAGAAAAUGAUAUUACACCUUAUUUAGUUUCCCGUUUUUAUCGAGCUCCAGAAAUUGUUUUAGGUUUAUCAUAUGAUUACAAUAUCGAUAUGUGGUCAGUUGGAGUAACACUUUAUGAACUUUAUACUGGGAAGAUUAUGUUUCCAGGUAAAUGUAACAAUCAAAUGCUCAAAUAUUUUAUGGAUUUGAAAGGUAAACUUUCCAACAAAAUGAUUCGUAAAGGAGCAUUUCGAUCUCAACAUUUCGAUUCGAAUAAUAAUUUUUUAUACCGAGAGAUAGAUAAAGUAACCGAAAAAGAAAAAGUCGUUGUUAUGAGUCACAUUAUACCGAAUCGUGAUCUACAAAAAGAGCUGAUCGCAGACCAAGUACUUCGAGAAGAGGAGAAGCGAAAAGUACUCCAAUUAAAAGAUCUACUUGAGAAUAUCUUAACUUUAGAUCCAUCAAGACGAUUGACCGUUAACGAAGCUCUUGCUCAUAAAUUUAUUCAAGAAAGACUUUAAAUCACAACGGAACAAACAAUUUAACCUAACAAUUAUUUACAUUUAUAUAUUCAAAAUUCAUUAUUUCAACAUACCAAUCAAAGGCCUGGAUUAAACUGGAUCAAUCUAAUGGAUUAACUGAUCAACUCCAACGAUGUAAAAUAUAAAAUAAGUUUCUAUUAAUCACUUAUAUUGUCAUUUGCCUCUCUCCUAAUCAUUUUGUAAAUCAGCAUGUUCAUCAUUUAAAUUAACCACUUUCCCGAUAUACAUAAAAACAAUUACAAAUCAAAAGAAACAAUAACAUUGGAACCAAUCAAGAUUGAUUAAAUUUACUAAACAAAAAGAAAAA